AUGAGGCGGCACGAGUGCCUGACCUCCGACCCAGCCGCCGCCGCCGCUGCCGCUGCGGUGUACAUCCCGUUGUACGCUGGGCUGGACCUGAUGAGGUAUGAGAACCCCGACGUCUCGCCUCGCGACCUCGUGGAGUGGCUUCUCUGGCGGCCCGAGUGGCGCGCCAUGGGCGGGCGCGCGCGACCACUUCCUGGUCGUCAGCCGUGGCAGCCCAGCGCUACCAGCAACUCCUUGAAGACCUACCCCGGGAUCCGCAACGCAUCUGACACGAUUCUGCUGGAUGCUGAAAUUGAACCAAUGGAAUCUUCACUGAAUAAAAUUUAUGUCAGUGGCUCAUCUGAUGAAUUGCCAAUAGUUGCAUUUGUAUUCAAAUCCACGGCGCUGAGCGAUAUGUGUCUGCAUUUUGGCGUGGUUCAUGUUGAGGUUGAGCUUCUGAAGAUGACCACGCGACGACUCAUUGGAGCCUUUCUUUCUGCAAUGUACUUCAUCAUCUGCCUGUCACCAUGGGUUGAGGAUUAUGCUAGCUCUAGGCAGUGGUUCACCAAGAGGAGGAAGAAGGCGCUGUUCGACGCUCUGAAGAAGGUUAAAUCAGAGCUCAUGACCUUGGGGUUCAUCUCGCUGCUGCUGACUAUCACGGCGAGGUACAUAUCGCGCAUCUGCAUCCCGGAGGGAGCCGCGGACACCAUGCUGCCCUGCCGCCUCUUCAGGAACUCGGAGCAACAAAAGCCCAAGGCCCACGGCCGACGACACCUAUUUGAAGCUCCGACCAAUUACACCUGCCGGCCUGGUAUGGUGUCGCUCGUUUCAGCCGAUGGGCUACACCAGCUGCAUAUCUUUGUGUUUUUCUUGGCCGUCUUCCAUGUAACGUUCAGUGCUAUUACGAUGUCACUGGGUAGAGCAAAGACACGGAUAUGGAAGGAGUGGGAAAACGAUACUUCCUCCAUCACUUACGAGUUUUCAUCUGAUCCGUCAAAAUUCAGGCUUACUCACCAGACAUCUUUUGUGAGGCAGCACGCAAGCUGUUGGAGCAAAAGCACAAUUAUGCUCUAUGUCGUAAGUUAUCUCAUGACUCGUCCUAACGAUAGUUAUAAAGUAGCAUAUCGUAUCAAUUUUUCAAGGUAAAAUGUAAAUUUAAGUUUUCAGAUUAGUACGAUGUCCAAGCUUUGAAUCUAUCUGCCUCAGGCAUAAUUUUUUUUUUGAAAUCACCUCAGGCAUAAUUAUAUUUCUACUGAAUACAUAAUAUAUUUUAUAGUGUAUAACAUUCUAGAUUUCUAUUGUAUGUCAGAUAGUCUUACUUCUACAUUAUUAGUGAAUAUCAAUUUAUACUUACUUCAAAGAAAUCAAUUAGUACUUACCAUUGUACACUUCUAUUGAAUAUCAAAGAUGUAUACUUGAUAAAGUGAUCUAUCUCCUGUAGAAAAUACGGAAUAGGACCCCCUUUUUUACAACCGAAUAGAAGGUUUUAAUUAGACACUGGAUUUUCAAAAUAGAACCAUCAGCUACACCCAGGUGUUAAACACUUCGAAAUAAAGUUCAAACAUCAUCAUGACUUCUUUUCCACAUAAUGUAUAUACAAAUGCUUUAGCUCAGGAGCUUGCUAUGAUUUCAUUAUGUAUAUGAUAAAAACAUUCCUGUUAAUAAAAACAUUCUGGGAAUAUCAGCAUUAACAAAAAACAACAUAAAUAACAAAAUUAUAGAAAACAACUAAACACACCCCUUUUACAUUCAUACAUAAAAUAUCAAUAGAAAAUAUACCCCUUGGGCGUGGCUUUCCUUGCUUUUUUGUUACCAUCUGCAUCAGAAACAACGGAGCUUGCCCUUUCUGAUAUCACACUAUCUUUCAUUUUCCUCCUUUUAAGCCCGGUAGAGAACUCGCCUCUACCAUCAAGCUUAGAAAGGUCUGAGCAAACAUUGCCAUAAAAAACUGGAUCAGUGGUGACUAAACCAGGUGAUGUUUUGUCGAACCAAGGAUUACCAUCGAUGGUAACGCCACAAGAUUUUUGAACAUCAGGAACUCUGGAUUUUCUUAUAAGACGAUCUGUAUCUUCCUCUUCGUCAUAUUCGCUGCCAUCUUCACAUUGAACAAAA